AUGAAAUCAUUCACAUUUAUUCUCCUGUCCAUCAUUCUCGCGCAAGCCGCUCCAAUUACCAUCGUCAACCCCUCGCUCACCGAGAAAACACUCGGUAAUACCUUUGGCGCCUUGGACCUCAGAGCCGGCAUAAUCAAACGAGUAAUCUUUCCGAGACAAGAUCUAAGCGCCAACCUAUCAAACGAACCUGAUAGCGGAGAUGAUUUGAGUGCCGGCCUUUCCAGUGAACCCGACAGUGAUGGAGACUUGAGUGCCGGCCUUUCCAACGAGCCGAACGAUGACGGCAAUCUCAGUGCAGGCCUUUCAAACGAGCCAGAUGAUGAUGGUGACCUCAGCGCAGGCCUAUCCAACGAACCGGAUGAUGAUGGUGAUCUCAGUGCAGGCCUUUCCAACGAACCAGACGAUGAUGGAGAUCUAAGUGCCGGCCUCUCAAAUGAGCCAGACGAUGAUGGAGAUUUGAGCGCAGGCCUCUCGAAUGAACCAGACGAUGACGGUGAUCUCAGUGCAGGCCUUUCCAGCGAACCAGACGAUGACGGAGAUUUAAGUGCCAACCUUUCCAAUGAGCCAGAUGAUAGCGACGACUUGGGUGCGGCGCUCGGCGUGGGAGAUGACGACGAGAAUGAUGGUACAAGUCUCGCGGGGUUUGACCGUGGCUUAGAGGUGCUGAAGAUGCUCUAG